AAAAUCACUAAAUACCGCCCACCAUGAGUGCCCCGUUGACCAGACAAGAAGUGCAGAAGCACACCUCCGAAGAGGACUUGUGGGUGAUCGUGGAUCACGUCGUAUACGACCUUUCCGACUUUGUGGACGCCCACCCCGGCGGUUCAGUCGUCCUCCGCCAAGUCGCCGGUCAAGAUGCCACCGAAGCCUUCUACAACCUCCACCGACAAGAGGUCCUGCAGCAAUACAAGUCCCUCGCAAUCGGCGUACUCGAAGGCGAGAAGCCCGAAGUCAUCUCUCCUCAACCCGGCGAUCUCUCCCAAGUCCCAUACGGCGAGCCGCUAUGGCUGAACUCGCAAUUCAAGAGCCCGUACUACAAUGAGUCCCAUCGACGACUGCAAAAGGCGUGUCGCGCGUUCUGCGAGAAGGAGAUCAUGCCCGAGGCGAAAGAGAAGGAGAUGUCCGGCGAAUACAUCAGCCAGGAGUUGAUCAACAAGAUGGCGGAGACGAAUUUGCUCGCUUGCCGUCUUGGACCAGGCAAGCAUCUUCACGGCCGCAAUAUCUUUGACGGUGCGGUCAAGGGUGACGAGUACGAUUACUUCCACGAUAUGAUCGUCAGCCAAGAGAUUGCUCGUGUGUCGCAGCGUGGGUUUCAGGAUGGUAAUAUGGCGGGUAUGACAAUCUCUCUGACUGCUGUUCACCAAUGGUUGAAAGAUGACGAGUUGAGGGAGAGAGUUUCGAAGGAAGUAUUGAGCGGACAGAAGAAGAUCUGUCUCGCUGUGACGGAAGCUUUCGCCGGAAGUGAUGUUGCGGGUCUGAGGACAACCUGUGAGGAGAGCGAGGAUGGACAGCACUACAUUGUGAACGGCACAAAGAAGUGGAUUACCAACGGCAUGUGGUGCGACUACUUCGUCACCGGGUGCAAGACCGACAAGGGCUUUACUGUCCUGCUCAUCCCUCGCGGCGAAGGCGUCGAGACCAAGCCCAUCAAGACAUCUUACUCUCCCGCCGCCGCGACCUCGUACAUCGAGUUCGACAACGUAAAGGUGCCGAAGCGCAACAUCCUCGGACCAGAGCACAAGGGUUUCGUCGUGAUCAUGUCCAACUUCAACCAUGAACGCUACAUGAUGUGCGCAAUGGUCGCUCGCUGGUCCCGCACUGUCGUCGAAGAAUGCCUCAAGUGGUCCCACCAACGCAUGGUCUUUGGCCAACCACUCAUCUCGCAGCCCGUCAUCCGUCAAAAGCUCGCCAAGAUGAUAUCCCAUGUCGAAGCGAACCAAGCCUGGAUCGAGAACAUCACCUACCAAAUGUGCAACAUGUCGUACGACGAGCAGUCCAAGAACCUCAGCGGUCCGAUCGGUUUGCUCAAGGUCUUCUGCACGAGGUCUGCGCAUGAGGUCGCGGACGACGCGGUUGGCGUGUUUGGAGGACGCGCCUUGACCCAGACGGGGAUGGGCAGGGUCAUUGAGAUGUUCAACCGGACAAAUAAGUUUGAUGCUGUGCUUGGAGGUACGGAAGAGAUUCUGGCGGAUCUGGGCGUGAGGCAGGCGAUGAAGUUUAUGCCCAAGGGAGCGAAGUUGUAGAGCCGUUCGGAAGGACUGAGCUGGGAGUGUAGAUAUCGAGAAUACAGCAUCGCGGUUUGGAUCAAG